AUGGCUGCUUGCAGUACAUAUUUCAAAGCUUUGUUUACCAAUCAGCUGAGUCCAUAUUUCAAUAGCUCUGCUCAGAUUGAGUAUCACAUAAUCGAAGGAAUAGAGCCGGAUAUCAUGGAAAUCAUCAUUAAUUAUGCCUACACUGAAGAAGCCGAAAUUACCCCUGAAAACAUUGAAUUAUUACUGCCAGUUGCCGACCAGUUCCAUGUAUUUGGUCUACUUCGUUUAUGCGUCAACUUUUUGAGACAAAACUUAUCAAUUGAGAAUUGCAUUGGUAUUUGGAUGCUAGCCAAACAUCAUUUCUGUACCAGUCUCGAACGCGCAGCAUGUCGAUUUCUGUUGAAGCAUUUCACGGAGGUGGCCACUUACAGCCAAGAAUUUGUUCAACUGUCCGUAGAGGAAGUACUCAGUGUACUCUGCUCGGAGCAUCUUAAUGCGACAAACGAAGAAACUACAUUUGAGGCUGCUAUCCGUUGGAUUUCACACAACCCAGAAAGUCGCAAAAGGCACAUACUUGACCUGCUUCGAUGUGUCCGACUCGGAUGGCUAAAUUUCGAAUAUUUUGACACCCAAAUAAAGGAAAAUGAAUUCGUCAAAGCAGAACCCAAAUGUGCUCCUCUUUUGGCCGAAGCGCAGAAACUACUGGAGACUCUUGAUAUUGGGAUGUAUAGUAACGCCGACUUUACCCACCCCCUCACACGCCCCCGCAUCCCAGUGGACGUAUUGUUUGUUAUCGGAGGAUGGACCGAAGGGAAUGCUUCCAGAUUCAUCGAAACUUACGACGCAAAAGCUGAUCGCUGGAUCCCAUUAUCCACUACAUAUGAAGACAAAGUUGCGACAGCCUAUCACGGUUGCGUAUCACUGAGAGGUCAAAUUUACGUCAUUGGAGGAUUUGAUGGAGUUGAACAUUACAAUCAAGUGAGAAGUUUUGAUCCAGCACGAAAGAAAUGGUCCGUCAUAGCUCCUAUGCACCAUAAAAGAUGCUAUGUCAACGUUACUGUGCAUAAUGACAAAAUCUAUGCCAUGGGAGGCUAUAAUGGGCAUGCUCGCCUACCAAGUGCCGAAAGAUAUAACCCCGACACUAACCAGUGGAGCCAGAUUGCGGCAAUGCAUAAUGCAAGAAGUGACGCAGCCGCCUGUGCGUUAAGAGACUUUGUGUACUGUAUUGGCGGCUUCAAUGGCUAUGAUUGCCUGGACACUGGCGAGUAUUACAACCCUCAAACUGACCAAUGGACAUAUAUAGCGCCAUUGUCAAGUCCAAGAAGUGGCGUUGGGGUUGUCAUGUAUCACGGCUACAUCUAUGCAGUUGGCGGGUACAAUGGCUCACAGCGAUUGAACACCGUGGAAAAAUUCGACCAAGUCCGAAAUAUAUGGAAACCUGUCCCCGAACUUCAUAGCCAGAGAAGCAACUUUGCCAUCGAGGUCACAGACGACAAGAUUUUCGUCAUUGGGGGUUUUAAUGGCGUUACAACAAUCAAGGAUGUAGAAUGUUUCGAUGGAAAGAGGGAAGAAUGGUACGAUGUUUGCGACAUGAACCUCAACCGAAGUGCGCUUGGCGCGGCCGUGGUUAAAGACUUGCCGAACGUCAAGGAUUACAUUAUAAAAAGAACAAAAUAAUCUCAUUUUGCCUGUCCGUUUGUAUGAAACUGCUUUAUUUUUGUCUAUCGACCGGUUGCACAAACAAGGGGAAAUAUAGU